AACAUCAAGCCUUCGAACUUCCUCUUUGGCCCUGAACCGUUGUCACAGAAGGUCUUCCUCGUCGACUUCGGCCUCGCAAAGCAAUAUCGAGACCCCAUCCAGCAUUUACACAUUCCUUACCGCGACGGCUUACAACUCACCGGAACUGCUCUCUGGGCGUCCGUCAACGUUCACGUUGGCAUUGCACACUCGCGUCGUGAUGAUUUGGAGUCGCUCGCAUAUGUUAUUAUUUAUCUUCUCCGCGGAUACCUCCCUUGGCAAGACCUCGCGACUGACGACAUCUUUCACCGAAAACAGUCGCUGUCUCCUGCAGCUCUUUGCCACGAUCUUCCCCUCGAACUCACCACAUUCGUCACAUACAUCCGUAGUCUCCCAUUCACGGGAGACCCCGACUAUCUUUAUCUGCACCAUCUUCUUCAAAGCGCUACCGAACGAGUCGGC